UGACUUUUAUUGAUCAGACGGGGAGUAGUGGGGUGGGUUUGCGUAGUAUGUAAACAAACCCAGCUUGCUCAGUGAUGAUGAUGCUGUAACAACUUGGCCUUUUCCUGUCCGAGUUUCUUUGCUGUUAUUAUAUUAAUUGUCAACACCAUUCACGUAAUGGACGAUCCUAACAAGACACCCACCCUAAUGUGGUCAGCAGGGCCCACAGUAGAACCUCCAAAACCAUCAAUUAUUGCACGACGUAUCAGAAAUGCUGCUUCAAUGCAGGCUGCCCGAGCACGUGAAACACCUGAGGGUUGCGCAGCCCGUAGAGAGCAAAAUGCAGCUCGCAUGGAGGUUCUGAGAGCCCGCGAGACUGCAGAACAAGCAGCUGAUAGGAGAGCUCGUAAUGCUAUUGCAAUGCAGGCGGCAAGGGCCAGGGAGUCACCUGAUCAGGCAGUGGCGAGGCGUGCUCAGAAUGCUGCACGCAUGAACGUGCUAAGAGCAAAGGAGACACCCGAACAGCAUGCAGCCCGCAAGGCACUGAAUGCCAAGCGCAUGCAGGCUUCACGAGCUAAAGAUGCACUUCAAGAGACAGCAAGCACCGUAGGUUUGAGCAUGCUCAUGCAUGACGAUGUGAUGCGGAAUGCUGUCCUAGCUACUCAUAGGCGCCCUGUGAAGAAAAGAAAGGAUAAUGGAGAUAGUGUAAUAAUAAUGGAUCUUGAUAAACAAGAAAGCCAGGAGCAUGUAGUUGACCUAACUCGAUCCUCAGAGGGAGGAGUGCUGGAAAACCGAGAAGGAUCAAGCAAGUUUACUUUUCAUGUCAACUAAGUGUAGCAGAAAAUUCGGACCUUGCACAGCUUUGUUGGCUGUGUGUUUUGUGCUGCAAGGUAAAUGCUUUUCCUUGCUGGAAUGCUUUUCCACAGAAGACUGAUUCUUGCAUCUCACUUGUUUAAGCCUACUGCUAAUUGUGGACCAAAACCAGAUGAACAUUUAAAAUGUUAUUAUUUGACUGAAUG